AUGGGAAAGUCCAAGAACAACAAGAAAGUGGCAAUCGCUGAUAAACCUGUUAAUUCUACUGCUCUUACUCAGGGUCGAGUCGAAAUUCGAUCAAAAAGGGAAUCCGACGAUUUGGACCCUCCAAUCGUCAACAACAACAGCGACACCGAGAUGGAGGAGGUCAAGAAUCCACUGAAGUACGAUCGCAUCGUCCAGAACAUCGAUUCGUCUCAGUGGAACCUGCAAACCCUUGCCUAUUUAUGCACAAUCCACCGUGCUCCUGGUCAACACAACAAUAAAAAAGAAGUGGUCUUUGGAAACGAGCUGUUCUCGGCAUGGGAGAACGAGCCCGAUUUCCACUGGCCUUGGUGCGAAGGGUAUUCUGAAAAUUUCGUAGAUCCUCCGGCGACUGAAUCCUGGGAGGAAGCAGCCGAGAAGCUACUACAGAUUUGUGAUGGGGACUGGAACUUGGUCGAGCAACACAUUCGAGCUGCGUUUGACCGAGACAUCAAGGACGAAUUUAUUGGAAACGAUCGGGAGCUCGUCGUCUAUGGCCGAGGACUGAUUCUUGGGCUGGCGGUACAAGAUCCUCUGGUGAUUUUUCCUUUGGACGACCCGAUGGAGGAGACUACGUUUUUCAAUCGGUAUUGGGAUUUUACUUUGGAGGUCGAGCCUCGUUUACUACUGGAACUACGUCCUCUGGCUAAAGUGUGGGCCAUUGCGGUUGAACUUCUAGGCCACCCGUGGACCGAACCCGACACGACGACGGUAGUAACGGAAUUGGCUGAGCGUCGCUCAGCAGCCAAGGGCCAAAAACGUGAGCGCGAUCUGGACCCAUCAACGGAACGCAAAUCAGCUCCAAUUGACCCUCGCUCACCUGCGCGAGGGUUCUUUCCGGAUGCUACUCCAAAACCAGUUCGCGACUCUGUUGCCCCCGAUAAGGAUGAUUCGGUGAUGAUGGACACAACGAGCCAUCGCUCCUCUGUCCGUGAAGAAGCAACUCACUUAUAUGUUGCCGCCUCACAGAAGAAGGCUGCUAUUCGGACCAAGUACCUCUCUGAAGAAAUGAAAGCCCGCAAAGUGACACAGAUGAAUUUGACUGGGCUUCCUCGCUCGAACGCCCAGUUCCUCUGCGCUACAAUCAACUAUGAAUGGGAUGGCGACACAUCUGAGGGUGGGUCUAUUGAAAAGUGUUUCACUGAAGAAAUGGUCUCGGUUCUGUCUAUGGCUAUGGACAACGCUGAGGGCGACUUGGUCAUUCUUCCGGUGAGCGAACUCCGUGUACGGGACAAGAAGUUGUGGCUGACCUCUAAGGAGAAAGUGGAGGAGCUCACCUACAAGAAGCUCAAGCCCUACAUUGACUGGUCCUGGAAUAAUGGCGCCCAAUUUGGCUACAACGCUAAGAACCCCGGCUCCAAGACUCUUUGCACCCGCAUUCGCGUCGCCCACAAUUCUUCUCUGGACGACAUGUCCCGACUACUGGGUCAAUGUUUCGAGAUCACCGGCACGCAUGCAGGCGUCUUCUGUUCCCCGCUGCUAGUUAGUGAUCCUGUCCGAAUCGGUUGGCUACUGAACUACCCCAUGGGGAUUGGGAGAUCGGCACUUGAACGCGAGCUCAUGCGUCACUUCACCUUCAAGAGAGCUAUAGCCCUAGAACCUGCGUGGCCACAGAACCCCGGUACGGCGGGCCAAAAAUGGAUGCCCUCCAAGGGUCCAAAAGCGUGGCACAUUUGGGUAGCUGCUUCUGACGUGGAUAGAGUGGCACGGGCCCUCUUUGCAUGGCUCAGGCCAGAAACAAAGAAGUGUCACAUGCCGUUUGGUGCCCGGACUCAGUUUGUCUACGACUGGGGGGCCAUUACGAAGGGUCACCUAGGUGACCUUGCGCAACCAGGGGGGCAGUGGAAUGGCAUCAUUGGGAAACUCAUCAACACCCAUGACACUACCUCCCAGACCUGCACCUCCCUGGCUCCACUGUUUCCUAUCCAAGGCAUGCUGACCAAGGUCUUCAUUCCCAAGUACUGCAAACAGGGCAAGGGCAAAUCCCUCCUCCAAUUCCUCUACGCGAUUCAGUGCAUACCAGCGGUCAAGAAACCUCCACCUGCUCAGCCUGAACAAUCAGCCACACAGGAUGCCGACACUCCAGACUCUCCAUUGCCACCUUCCGUGUCUUCUACUCCUCCAGAACCGACAUCGGCCAACCCAAGUGUAACUGACCCCACCACAGCUCAGCCAACUCUACCCGCCCCAUCCACCAAGCGUUCCAGUCGCAAGGGGUCUAAGAAUCGCCGGGCCAAGCAACCUCUUGAGAAACCUACGGAGACGCCUCAGGCUACUCCCCCCACCCCUCUUCCACGGCCUACUCCUGCACUGAAGUCUACACCCCAGUCAGCAACCAACCCUCCUACGGAGUCUUCCGCUCGGGCAAAACUUUCUGCAUCUGAGCAGCCCCUGGUCACUGAGGCAUUUGAUCGCAGCGCAUGGCUGGCGGCAAUGGAUGCGGAACUGAACCAGGGCCCAGCCGGUCUCUUCCAAAUGAUCCUACCAGGCCCAAUUGAUGGCUUCUAUGUGUUCGUGGUGCGCCAAAAGUUUGCCUCAUUGGCACAGGAAGUUCUCAAGAACCUGGUGGCCUUCCUUAUUUCUCACCUUGAGUUAUGGCAGGACCUGAAGCACCAGAGGAAGACAUGCCGCACCUGGCUCUGCUUGGACCAUUAUAAUCGAACGGUUACCAACGCUAUGAUCUGGGACCAAAGCCAACAUCGUGCAAUCUCGGAGUAUGAGCGGGACGUCGAUUUGGACCAGCAAGUGGAGAAGGAUGAUAAUGAGUGGAUUGAGAAGCUCCUCGCGGCAGAGCAGGCUUCUCCGGAAUUUGAGGGCACCAUCACGAUUGACCUGUCGAUGCCAGCUGCCAAGGAUAUGGAUGACGGGGCUACAGUAGGCAGCGCGGCAAAUAUGGCAGCACUAUUGGAGAACAUGAAAGCGGAUGUCAACGACGUUUGCACGGAAUUAGAGACUGCGGCGGAAGAACUGGCUCAAGCUAAGGAUGCGGAGGCUGCCAUGGAUGCUCGUAUCCUUGAAUUGGAGGCCAAAAUGGCGGAACAAGCAUCGGUCACAGGCAAGCACCGUUCGUCAAGCCCCUCCUCCAGCAAGGCAACAUCAUCGGCUGACAGUGGGGGUGGCCCCCCCGGCGGUGGUCCCUAA